UACCUGUCUCUGCGUCUCCUGGCAGCUUCACCGGAAGCUGCAGGUUGAUGUGAGGAGGUUAACCAUGUCUCUUCUAAAGCGGUUCAGAGAGGGGGUAGCUGCUGCUCUGUACAUCUCCCCCAGACACGUACACAUCAACAGGCUCAAUGAGAGGAGGAAUGGCAUUGAGCUGUACGUGUCAUCUGAUAGUCCAGGGGCCACGGAGCCCCUCCCAGCAGAGGAAGUUAUCCAAUCACUGAACAUCAACACCCUGCAUCGUAGCCUGGGUCACUUCGGCAUCACAGAGGUCUCCUCGGAGAAGAAUGUGCUACAGGAUCAACAUGAGAGGGACAAUAUUUGGACUAAAGAGGGAGUCUUUGCUGCGGUCAUCUUCCUCACCAUCUUCAUCAUCAUCAUCACCUGUUUGAUGGUCCUCUACCGUCGAAAGGAGAAGGUUGAAUAUUCUGACAGGCAGACCAAAGAGCAGUCCGUGUUCCCCAGCCGCGACCUUCACCUGACCCCUGUCACCGUCCCACCCCCGGUCCCGCUGCACGCCGUCGGAGCCCAGACCCAACCCCAGGUCCCCUUCUCUAGCAGCAUGGUCCAAGCAGAGCCAGCACCGCCUUCUACACCCACAUCCAUACCUCCACCCAGAGCCUGCCGUCCUCCACCCACCACCCCUGUCCCCAUCCCUGUCUCCAGCUCCAGCUGUGGUCCUCCGCAGCUCCCCCCUGCCCACCAGAAGCCCUGCCUGUCAGCCAGCCCCUCUCCCUUCAGGAUGAAGUCUGCCGCGUGUCUCCAGGAGAGGAGAGGCUCCAACGUCUCCCUGGUGCUGGACAUGUCCUCCCUGGCCUCGGUGGAGCCCCUGAACUGUGGGGUGGUGACCCCCAGAGAGAGGGCCACUCAGGACUACCUGCAGUCAGCCGGCCGGACCCUGUCCAGACAGCAGCUACGAGACGUGGUGCUCAACACACAGACGCUGCACGCAGAGUUCGCUGAAAUCCCAAUGAACUUUGUGGAUCCAAAGGUGAUGGACAUUUCCAGUCAUGGAACCAAAAACAGAUACAAGACAAUACUGCCAAAUCCACAUUCCAGAGUGAUCCUGAGGACCAAGAGCUCCUUCGACCCUCUCAGCAGCUACAUCAACGCCAACUACAUUAGGGGUUACCUAGGCGAUGAGAAGGCCUACAUCGCCACCCAGGGUCCCAUGAUCAACACAGUGAAUGAUUUCUGGCAGAUGGCCUGGCAGGAAGACUGUCCUGUCAUCAUCAUGAUCACCAAGCUCAGGGAAAAGAACGAGAAAUGUGUUCUGUACUGGCCAGAGAGGCGUGGUAUCUAUGGCAAGGUGGAGGUGCUCAUUAACAACGUGACAGAGUGUGACAACUACACCUGUCGGACCCUCAACCUGAAGCAAGGGGCCCAGAGUCGUGUGGUGAAGCACUACUGGUACACAUCGUGGCCGGACCAUAAGACCCCAGACAGCGCCCAGCCCCUGCUCCAGCUGAUGAGAGACGUGGAGGAGGACAGGACGGGCUCCCCAUCGCAGGGACCCGUCAUCGUACACUGCAGCGCAGGGAUUGGCCGAACGGGCUGCUUCAUUGCCACAACGAUAGGCUGUCGUCAGUUGGAGAUGGAGGGAGUGGUGGAUGUGCUGGGGAUUGUGUGUCAGCUCAGAGCGGACAGAGGAGGUCUGAUCCAGACAGGGGAGCAGUACGAGUUUGUCCACCACGCCUUGAGCCUCUUCGAGACCCGCCUCUCCGCCGACACCGGCCAAUGAACAGAGGCCAGGAAGUUUUCGUUAAAACAUGCCAGGUUUUUCCAGGAAGUGGAUUUUAAUUCCCCCUAGCGGGAAGGACCUAUCUUACCUGGUGACAGUGAGGUCAUGUGACUAAUGAGGAAGUGGAUGUUCGGGUGACGAUUGGAUGGUAGAUGUCCUUGUGGGCUUUGUCUUUGUGGACAUGUAUGGACAGCCUGGACUGCUAUUGGCUGAUUGAUUGAGUCUCCUUACAGAGAGAGAGAAGGAGGUAUGGACAGGUGAUUAUGUCUCUGAAUGUAAUGUAUCCUUUCUUCUCUUCCUCUCUUUCCUCCUCCUCUUCUUCUUCUUCUUCUACUACUUCCUGUCAUUCGUGAGCAGCUCUGCUUCUGAAAACGUUGUUGUGAGCAACCUGCCUCUGUCCAAUCAAACUCUCUGAUACUGCAGCUCUGUCCAAUCAGAUUGCCUGAUAUUGAUUCUGUAGUAUACCUACACUCUGACCUCUUACUACUAUGUGCUACAGUAGAUGGGCAGGUAGUCUGUGGUCCUUGAAUCGUCCAUGGUGUUUCUAUUAAAAAGCAAAAGGUACGUUGUCGAAAUGAA